CCAGUCAGUCCUUUCCAAUACCAGAAGUUACUCGCUCUUGGUUUCCGGCCCAGUACCCUCUUGCUGGACCCGGACUGCGUGUAUGAUGCCACCUGCCACCGCGUCUGUAGUACGCAUGCACCGCGAUCCCGGAAGGAGAGCCCACAGAAACCGGACGCACCUAGCGGGAUCGCGGCACGGGGCGCUGUUGAUCCUCAGAUUGACGCGGCAACGCCGGACGAUCUAGCUUGCCCGGACGCCAAUGUCAUGCGCAGUUACAAUAUCAACCGGAUCGCCCCAAGCCUGCACAUGCGCAGUGACAACAUCGACCGGAUCGCCCCAAGUCUGCACAUGCACAGUGAAAACAUCGACCGGAUCGCCCCAAGUCUGCACAUGCGCAGUGACAACAUCGACCGGAUCGCCCCGAGUCUGCACAUGCGCAGUGACACACUACCCAGUCGUCCGAACGCCGCAGUUUUCAGUUUCCGGAACAACGAAAACGUGUCCCACUCGAAGGUGCAGUACCUAAUACAGACUCAACUGAACGUUCCGGUGCAAAGUAUCCAGUUCGAUCCCAUCGAUAUCCGGUCAUCGCGUCCAGGUGUCGAAUCCCGCUGGGUCGUCGAAUUUCGUACUACAGCGGAUGUGUCAAAAGCUAUACAGUCGGGACUUCUCGUGGACACGGACCGGCUGGUGUUUUACAAGCACGAUGACGUCACUAGACGCGAAACCGCGGCCUAUAGAAACUACAUGGAGGUUGUUAAAGCCCAUGCCGUGAUAACGGCGUCUGCUGAUAACACAGUGCCCGGGAAACUUAAACGCGCAGUUUCCAGCGGUCGAUGUCACUGAAGACGUUUAAGAUAUUAUGAAGAUAACUAAAUGGAAGUGACUUUUUGAAACUAUGUUAAUAUGUCGUUAUGUUAAUUAAGGUUGUUUGGGAUAUGUACACUAGCAUGUACCAACAAUGACUCGAUAAGUACACAUUCAAGUGGAAUACAUGUACUUACAUAAACGCCAUUUAAAUUCAAACAUCCACAUUCAUUUAUGACAAAAAUACGCUUCCCUUUUGUUGUCGAAGUUUUUGUUUGUUUUGAAUACUUAGGAAUAGAAUACAUGUAUUGAUAAUACUAACUUUUAACAUAUUGAAUCAUUUCCCACUUCAAACACAAAGUUAUAUCAUGUAUACAUUACACAUAUUUAGAACAAAUA